UGAGGACAAGAGGUACCCUGGAUCAGGGAGAGUGAAGGGUCCAGCUUUGGACCCAUUGUCAGAAAAACCAUGUCAGGGAUGGAUUGAAAACAGAGCAAAUCUGGACAAACGACCUGGAAGGAAGUGAUAAGAAGAAGUGGUAUUCAUCAGGUCCUGCCCAAGUCGAGGCUGGUACUUGAACCCUGAACCCUGAACCCGAGAUGGAUAACGCUGACGUUGACAUGAUGUUCAAAAAAGUGCAGCGGUGCAAACUGGAAAAGCUGCGGGGGAGGCUUUUAAAGAUGAAGGCGAACCUAGAAAAGGUUAUGCAAGAACUGUGCUGCAUGGCCGACAGAAUCGACAAGAUCCACAAGGACUGCACCAUCACCAGCGUGGUGGCCAACUCCGCCGGGGCCGUCUCGGGCGUCCUGAACAUCCUGGGGAUCUCGCUGGCCCCGGUCACGGCCGGGGGGAGCUUGGUGCUCUUUGCCACGGGGCUGGGACUGGGACUGGCUGCUGGUGUUACUGGUCUUUCUGCAAACAUUGUUGAUCGUGUGACUGACUGCCGGGGGAGGAAACAUUUAAACCAAGUUAAGAGAAAGUCGGAUGCCGCCAUGAAAGGCCUAGCGAAGGAGGCAACGAGACUGAUAAAGGAGUUGGGCAAAUUCUUGCCCAAAGACCUCCCAUUCCCUAACAAGGCGGCCUCGUAUCGUGGUACCUGGGGACUUGGGGCGGCUGCCUGUCAGUCCCCCCAGGCCUUUCAGAGAGCAGUGUUGUCCACGUCCAAAGGAGCCAGGAUCCUGGGUUCGGUAGCGAUGGGACUUGCUGUUCUACUGGAUGUGGCCACCGUUGUGAAAGAUUCAAGACAUCUGUUAAAGGGGGCCAAAAGUACAACAGCAGCGGAACUGAGGGAAAAUGCCCGAACUUUGAAAGAGAAGGUGCAGGAGCUUUCUGAGAUUUGUGAGGACCUCCAGAAAACCCUCAAUUGAUAACCUCAAAGCAGUGGGCCAGGACAGAGGGUCUCUGGAGGGGAAUAAAAAGAACCUUAAUUGAGGCUCAGAUUUGUGGGAAAUAGUUUUUCGAAAGAAACGAGAAAACACAAAGACAAUAUAUGAUCUUUAAGACCAAAUAUCUGAUUGGGCCUCUUUGGGCUGCGAAGAUUGAAAAUCGAAUUGGUCCUUUUGCUAAAGCAAAGUCUUAAUUAGUAUCUUUGCUGAUUUUCUAGGAUUUUCCAAAUAUAUUGUCAUGUCUUUAGCAGAUUGUGAAAUUUUUAUAAUUGUAUAUGACAUUUUACAUAUAUCUUUACAUGUAUGCAUAUAUGUGUGUGUGUGUAUAUACAUACACACAUAUGCUUUCAGAACUCAAUAAUUAUCAGGAAAGUCAAAAUUCUUGCUUUAUACCUUUAUUUAUAGGAAAAGAUUUAAAUAAGUGCAUUCCCAUUACAUAUGAUGCUAGGAAAUCUUAAACACUGUCGAAUUUUUUAUUAUUAUUAUAGCUUUUUUAUUUUGUAAUUUUUUGUAAUAUUUUGUAAAUAUAUGCAUGUGUAAUUUUUCAAUACACACACACAUAUGCUUUCAGAACUCAAUCAAUAAUUAUCAGGAAAGUCAAAAUCCUUGCUUUAUGCCUUUAUUUAUAGGAAAAGAUUUAAAUAAGUGCAUUCCCAUUACAUAUGAUGCUAGGAAAUCUUAAACACUGUCGAAUUUUUUAUUAUUAUUAUAGCUUUUUUAUUUUGUAAUUUUUUGUAAUAUUUUGUAAAUAUAUGCAUGUGUAAUUUUUCAACAUUGACCCUUGCAAAACCUUGUGUUCCAAAUUUUCCCUUCCUUCACCCCACCCUCUCCCCUACAUGGCAGUAGUCCCAUACAUGUUAAAUAUGUUAAAGUAUAUGUUAAGUCCAAUAUAUGUAUACAUAAUUAUACAGUUAUCUUGCUGCACAAGAAAAAUUGGAUUUAGAAAGAAAGAAAAAACUGUAGUAUUUUUUAAAAAGUUACUCUAUACCUCUAUUUUAUGGGGUUUUUAGCAUAAAUUAGUGUUGUCCUUUCUUAAUUAUUACAGAAAAAGCCUUUGACAAUCACAUGGUUUUGAAUAUUUUGAAUUUUAAUAUGAUUAAGAAUAUGGAUUGUUUUUCAGAUGUUGAACUCUUCUAUAAUUCAGCUUGGUCAUAGUGAAUGAGUUCUUGGUUUAUUUGAUAAGACUAUGUUUAAAUAUUUUGAAUCAUUAAUGAUAUUGACUUGUAAUUUUUCUUCUAAUAUUUAUCUUAAUUUGAUAUAAUGAUUAGUAUUGUAGUUGUCUAAUAAAAUAAGCCUUUCUUUUAAAUAAAAAUUAGGAUAAUAAUUUGUGAAGUAUAAAUAGAAAUUUAAAAGUUUGAUACAAUUCUUUUGUGAAUACUUGAGGACUGAGAGAUUGUUUUUCCUUUUAGGAAAUGGAAAUCUUAAACAAUCAAUUCUAUCUGGUCUUCUCACAGUUUGAGUAUUUUAUGUUUUUGAAGGUGUUCUUUUAUUUCUUGUUUUAAAAUAGAAUAGUAUAGAAUCAUUACCCGAUUGAUAAAAUGUAAAAGAAAAAAAAGAAAAGAUAUGAAUGGGCAAUUUUUAGAUGAUGAAAUUAAAGUCAUCUAUAGUCAUAUAAAAAUAUGCUGUAAAUAUGCUUUUGAUUAAAGAAAUACAAUUUACUUUUGUUUUUAAUUUUCUUUGACAAUAUGACUAAUGUGGAAAUGUGUUUAAUAUGAUUGUACAAAUAUAACAUGUCAAAUUGCCUGUUGUUUUUGAGGCAGGCAAGGAAAAAGGAAAACAAUUGGAAAUAAAAAUCUUACCAAAGUAA